GCACCAUACGCGCUACGUCACUACGGGAACCCCGAAGCGGAAGUCAACACGUGGGGUUGAAGAAAAGAACGGUUUUGUUUCUCCUGGAGCUGAACGUUCUCCUUCUCCUUCAACAUGGCUGUCAGAGCCUCCUUCGAGAAGAACAACGAGAUCGGCUGCUUCGCCAAACUCACCAACACCUACUGCCUCGUGGCCAUCGGAGGCUCCGAAAACUUCUACAGCGUGUUUGAAGGCGAGCUGUCAGAAACCAUCCCCGUGGUUCACGCCUCCAUCGCCGGAUGCCGGAUCAUCGGCAGGAUGUGUGUCGGGAACCGCCAUGGCCUGCUGGUGCCCAACAACACGACGGACCAGGAGCUGCAGCACAUCAGGAACUCUCUGCCGGAUGCCGUGCGGAUCCAGCGGGUCGAGGAGCGGCUGUCUGCGCUGGGCAACGUGGUGGCCUGCAACGACUACGUGGCGCUGGUCCACCCGGACCUGGACCGGGAAACGGAGGAGAUCCUGGCCGACACGCUGAAGGUGGAGGUGUUCCGUCAGACGGUGGCCGAGCAGGUUCUGGUCGGGUCCUACUGUGCCUUCAGCAACCAGGGCGGCCUGGUCCACCCCAAGACGUCCAUCGAGGACCAGGAUGAGCUGUCGUCCUUGCUGCAGGUCCCCUUGGUGGCCGGCACAGUGAACCGGGGCAGCGAGGUGAUCGCGGCGGGGAUGGUGGUCAACGACUGGUCCGCGUUCUGCGGCCUGGACACCACGAGCACGGAGCUGUCCGUCAUAGAGAGCGUGUUCCGGCUCAGCGAGGCGGCGCAGGCGUCCGCCAUCACCACCAGCAUGAGGGACUCGCUCAUCGACAGCAUGGCGUAAGAAGCUGCCGCCUCAGUUUUCCGCCAUCAUGAGGCUCCGCUCCCUAAAGCAGCUGUACCUAUUUCAGAAACAUCUCCGCCUUUUUUCAAGCACAUUAACCAGAUCAGAGACGUUGGAGCCUCCAGUCAGGUGGAAGCCACCUUGGUGAGCCCAGACUCAUUCAGAUUAAUCGGUCUGCAGGUUUCUAAGCUGAUUGGACCUGGGUCCACUUCCUGAUUCUGUCGGCUCUGCAGGAGGAACCAAGAAAUGCAGAAAGCUGUGUUUCUGUCAGGAGACGAACUCAGUAUGUUGGAUGUUUUAUGUGUAAAAUAAAACUCACUGCUCUCUUUUCA